AUGCGGACGCACUCGAGCUCCGGCUUCAACACUAUCCCCGAGAACGUCGCCGCCGUCGUGCUCUCGCACCUUACGGACCCGGAAGAUCGCGUCAGGCUCGCCGCGGUGAGCAAGGUGUGGAGGGACGCGGAGAAGGGGGGAGUCGUGUCGUUGCCUGGAACUUCCAGCGAGUUGAGCGAGCUCGGUCAAGAGUUUCGCUCAGCUCAUAAGCACGGCAAGGCGAUCUACUGGUUCGAGAAGUCGGCCGAUCACGGCGACCCUGAGGGCAUGUUCUGGUUCGCGUCGUACACCUUCGCAGGCUACACGGGGGGCGCCUGCACGGAAGAAAACUACAACAAGGCGGUGCACUGGUGGAAAAGGGCGUCCGAGCUGGGGCACGCCGAAGCGACCAAAAUGGUCGCUACGUGCUACGAGGACGGCCACGGCGUGGAGCGAGACUUCGCGAAGGCGAUCGAGUGGCACGUGAAAGCGGCGGAGUUGGGUUGUGGAUUUUCCGCGUCUUGGCUCGGGUCCGCCCACCUCUACGGCCGGCACGGCUUGACGCCGAACACAAAAGAGGCGCUGAAGUGGUUUCGACUCGCGUUGGAGCUCGGCGAUGCGAACGCUCGCGAACCAUGGUGGGAAGUCUCGCGAAUCAAUGCGCACGUACUCGAGGCCGAGCUCGCGGCUGCGUGA